AAUGUUCAGAGGCAAGUCAGUCAGAAUUCCUGGAAAAGAUGGCCAGAUCCAGCUCUUAGAGAGGAAGAUCAAGAAGCUAGAGAAUGAAUAUGGGACUCUUAUUGACCUAGAAUCAAAUUAUUCCUAUGCUCCAAAUCCAACUGUGUGAGAUUCUACUGUAGAGUUUAUCGAUAGCAAAUUAUUAGUUGAUCCCAUUGUGAUGAACAGCCUGUUCUCAAAGGGAGAGAUGAAAUCAGCCCUUAAGAAGAAGUACAAGGACAAACUUCUAGUCCUGAGCAAGGAUAACAACCCUUCGAAGGCAUUUGCUAAAGAAGAGGAUGAUGACGACGAUGAUGAUGAAGACGAACUCACUCCGGAUGUAAGAAGAAGCAAUCAUGGCACUCUUAGAAGAAGUAAUAAGUCAGAGAUGCAAGAGAAGACGAACAAAAGUUGUUGAAGUAUUCAAUAACGAUGUCAAUUCAGAAUGCUUAAUAAAAGUU